AUGGGUCAGAAACGGCAGCGGGACCAAAAGGGUCCGGGAUCCUUUGCGAAGAAAAGGAAGAAGAGCGCAAAGCCUAGCGAUGCGACUGCGGAAGACAGCGACUGGGAUGGCAUUGUCGGAAUGAAUGAGCUCAACUGGAAGGAGGUAGCUCUGCCGGAUCGUCUUGAAGACGCUGGUGGUUUUUUUGGAUUGGAGGAAAUUGAGGGUGUAGAUAUUAUCCGGUCAGAAGGAAAUGGUGAGAUUAAAUUCAAGAAGAAAGAGCCGGAGGAAACGAAUACUCAGUCUGAUGAUGAAUGGGAAGGUUUCGGCGACGACGAUCAGGCUGUAUCCCAGGAGGAGUCGAAGGAGACCCAAGACGAACCCAACGAGUCCGACAAGAAGGCGAAGGUGAAAGAGAGCAAAAAUGCAAAGAAGGAGAAGAAAAAAAACGCAAAGGAUGCGAGGAAAGAACAGAAAGAAAAGGCUGUUGAAAGCAAGGAAGACAAGGGUAUUAAAUCCGGACUCUCGUUUGCAGCCCUUCAGGAAGAAGAAGACGACGGAGCGGACGUCUCUGCUUGGGAGUCUCUUGGGCUCUCCCCCGAAAUUCUCGCUGGUAUCUCGAAAAUGAAGUUCACCACGCCAACGUCUGUUCAAAAGGCUUGCAUUCCUCCCAUUUUGGAUGGUCGCGAUGUCAUCGGAAAGGCUUCGACAGGUUCUGGAAAAACGCUCGCUUUCGGAAUCCCCAUUCUAGAGUACUAUCUGGAAAAGUUACGGAGUAAAACCCAAAAGGAUUCAGAAAAGACCGAGACCACACCGAUCGCGCUUGUUUUAUCGCCCACCAGAGAGCUGGCGCAUCAGCUCGCGAAGCAUAUUGGGGAGGUGGUCAGCCAUGCCCCGGGCGUCAAUGCUAGAAUUGCGCUCUUAACAGGUGGCUUGUCAUUGCAAAAGCAACAGAGAGUCCUUACCAACGCUGAUAUCGUAAUCGGUACGCCUGGUCGAGUGUGGGAAGUUCUCAGCUCUGGACAUGGUCUGAUCCGCAAGAUGCAGGCGAUAAAAUUCCUUGUCAUUGAUGAGGCCGAUCGACUUCUGAGUGAAGGACAUUUCAAGGAAGCUCACGAGAUAUUGGCGGCUCUUGACCGUGUCGUGGAUGGAGAGUUUCCGGACGAGUCAAGCGACGAAUCUGACGAUGAAUUAGACCCCAAGUCUGGGAGACAGACCCUGGUUUUCUCAGCUACAUUCCACCGUGACCUUCAGCAGAAGCUGGCGGGCAAAGGCAAGUGGACAGGCGGUGAUAUCAUGAGCCAAAAGGAGUCGAUGGAGUAUCUUCUUCAAAAACUCAACUUCCGCGAGGAGAAGCCUAGGUUUAUUGACGUGAACCCAGUCUCGCAGAUGGCAGAGAACCUUAAGGAGGGUAUUGUAGAGUGCGCUGCUAUGGAAAAGGACCUCUUUCUUUACACACUUCUGCUCUAUCACCCUAAACAUCGUACGCUGGUUUUCACGAAUUCUAUAUCCGCCGUCCGACGACUAACUCAGCUCCUACAAACCCUCCAACUCCCAGCCCUUGCUCUUCACUCUUCUAUGGCCCAAAAGGCACGACUUCGUUCCGUCGAACGAUUUUCCUCUCCCUCAUCAGACCCUAGCUCCAUCCUUGUCGCCACUGACGUUGCUGCGCGUGGACUCGACAUCAAGGGUAUUGACUUUGUAGUCCAUUACCACGCCCCUCGUACUGCGGACGCAUAUGUCCACCGGUCUGGUCGUACAGCGCGUGCUGGGGCAUCGGGAAAGAGCGUCAUCAUCUGCUCUCCGGACGAAAUGGUCGGCGUGGUCCGACUGGCUGCAAAGGUGCAUGCGAACAUGGCCAACAGAAAGAAGGUUCCUCUUGAAUCGUUGGAGUUAGACCGUCGAGUCGUGUCUCGUGUCAAACAGCGAGUCACAUUAGCGGCUCGGAUCGUUGACUCCAAUAUCGCCAAGGAGAAGGUUUCGUCCGAGGACAACUGGCUCCGCACGGCAGCAGAAGAUCUUGGGGUUGACUAUGACAGCGAGGAGUUCGACAAUGCCGCAGCGCGCGGGCGCGGGCGCGGACGUGGACGACAGGAGCGCGAACGGAAGGCUGGAAGCACUUCCAAGGGGGAAUUAGCGGGGAUGCGCGCCGAAUUGAAACAACUACUCUCACAGAGAGUGAAUGUGGGUGUGAGUGAGCGGUAUCUGACUUCGGGGCGAGUUGAUAUCGAGGCACUCCUGCGUGGGGAGGGUAACAAUUCCUUCCUAGGGCAAGUGGAUCCGUUGGAUUUCUAA